AUGCAGGGAGGAACACGGAACAAUGAGUCGGAGAUUUUGAAGUCCGCCAUCAACGAAGCGUACGGGAUGGACUUUGUUAAUGCCAAGCGAGUCCUCAAGACCAAGUACAAGCGGAAAAACAAAGAUGGCCUCACCCUAGCGGACCGGAUCCGGAUGAACCGUUACGGAAGCGGAUCUGCAGAUGGGGCGAAUGGCGAAAGGAACGACAGCGCAUUCGCCAGUGUGGAUAUAGCUGACUUUGCCAGUCUAGAAGAAAACGAGCGACGCUCCCCUACCCCUGAGCCAACCAUUUCACCAGGCCAAAACCAACGCCAAUCUCCUCCUAAAAAGCAUUCACCAUCCCAACCAGAUAUGGAUGACUCGCCCAGCACUAGAAAACGGUUAACAAAGCAAGGCUCUGGUCAUUCACUCUCAGCAACACCGCCCCUUCCACCAAUUAAAUCCAAUCAAUCAAGAAAUGAUUCCAGAAGCCGCCAUGAUUCGCCUCUUCCACAGGAAAGUCGCAGUAAACAACGUGAACCCCUACCUCCAAUCCAGCGACCACGUGACCCUCAUCAGGACGACGACGAAGAAGACGAUGACCCAUCGCGUCGUCAGGUCCAUCCUCCGAGAGAUUCUAGACAUUUUGACCCUGAUAUCGGCGUAGGUGUCCCUGUUGUAGGAACGGAGCGAAGAAGAGAACGAUCGCACACUCCUCCACCAAGAAGACGCCAUGAAUCAAGAUCUAGAUCCAGAUCUCCAAAGCAUGAUAUAGUUCCAGUUGUAGUACAUACUAAUGCAGAACAUCGCCGACGAAGUCGAUCACACUCCAAAAGAAGGCAAAGAAGUAGGUCAGAUUCCAGAAGAAGGCGAAGUCGCUCUGAUUCCAGAAAAAGACGAAGAAGUCGAUCGGACUCCAGAAAAAGGCACAUGAUUGUGGUUAAUCAUGUUCACUCAGACAGACAACGAAGCAGGUCGGAUUCAAGGAAAAGAAAGCACAGUCGUUCCGAUUCUCGCAAACGCAGAAGUCGUUCUAGAUCGCGUGGAAGACGAAGAAGCCGAUCAGAUUCUAGAAGGCGACGCAAAAGUCGGUCAAGUUCCAAAAACAGACCGAUUGUCGUGAAUAUUUCACCAAGUCGCAGAUCUCGAUCCAGAUCUCGAAAAAGAAAAUCUCGGUCUCGUUCACGAGAUCGCAAAAAUAAAAAAUCUCAGCCUCGAUCUCAUUCACCAAAACACAAACAUUCAAGGUCAAGGUCUCGAAAAAAGUCUCACUCUCGAAGUCGUAGGUCUCGUUCGUCCAGAUCAUCAUCGCCAGAAGUAAACAUAAACAUCAAGCAGGGUGAAAGUAGGGGUCGCUCGAAAAGCAGAAAGAAAAACAGAUCCAAACAUAGAACUCCCUCAGAGAAAAGGAAACAGUCAAAGCUUAGAAGAGACUCUUCUGGGUCUAUCUCCCCUGAGGUAACUGUCAACAAAAGUCGAAGUAAAAGCAGGGGACGCUCAAAAAAUAGAAAAGAAAAACAGAAUAAAAAGAAAAACCACAGUCCAUCAGGUGAAGAUACUGAAUCUCGAUCAAGAAGUCCCAAGAAAAAAGAAAAAUCUAACCAUAAGAAAAAGAAGUCUAGUCCGGAGCCGUCUGAUGAUGAGGAAGAGGAAACGCCUCCUCCAAGUCCAAAACCAAAGAAAAAAGCUGUAGCUAAAAAGAAGGAAAAACCAAAGAAAAAGGAAGCAACCCCGGAACCAUCUGAUGACGAAGACGAUAGUGAGGAGCCAGAAUCCCCACCUCCAAAACCGAAAAACAAAAAGAAGAAAUCCGAAUCUCCAAAACGAAAACCGAAAGAGAUUAAAUGGGAUCAUUCUUCUGAGUCAGAAAAAGAAAAUAAAGCACAGAAAGGAAAAUCAUUUAAAGUCCCUAAAGCAGCUGUUCCGACAAAGAGUAAACCACCAGCACAGAAGGCAGAAAGUUCAGCAAAUGUAGAGGUUAAGGCUGGCUCUAAGCCCAGACCACCAGUUUCAGAGGACAGCGAUGACAGCGAUGAUAUUCCGGAUGUUCUGUCCAGUCCAGUGCAGAGUAAAGCGGCUCCCCCGCCCCGGCCGCCCGUCACUACUGCUCCCCCCAAAAGGGAGCCCAAACCGGAGACGCCUGUGCCAUACUUUGAUAACACACCCAGGGUCCCUUCAAGAGAGGAUCGAGAUUUGCAGAGUGCUAUAGAACAGCUAGAUAAACUGUCAGAUUAUGAUUUGAAAAAUUUGGCGGGAAAGGGAGAUAACUCGCCAGCUCCACCUGUGGAUAAAACGGUAAUGAACAAGAUCAUGGGUAACGAAUUUCAGAAAAAUCUUGAUAAAUUUUUAUCAAGUUAAACUUACUAUAUAGAUGUGAUAGCAGACGUGAUACAAAUUAAUAUUUUUCAGUCAGUACAAUAUUAAUCAGAUAUAGAAUAUCUGUUUACAAUGCCACAUCUGUAUUAUGUGUUGUAUGUGUUGGUAUAUUUUAUGACAUGUACAGUUAGCUUGUCAGUGUCUUUCAUAUUUUUUGUAUAUGUAGUCUUCCCUCAAAAUAGUCUUUAAAUUCUUUAGAUUUUUUUUCAAGUAUAUGUUUUGCCCUAGUGUAGGUUAACUAGUGAUUUAAAAAAAAAAAAAAGAAAGUCCAAAUGUCUUACACAAAAUUAACACGUACCGUU